AUGGGUCCAUUAUUUCCAGCCAGAAAGAAAAGUGAAAAAUCAGAUUGGAUUGGAAAGAAUUUGAAGAGGCCAACAAUUGCAAAAAGUACUCAAACUUCUAAGAAAGCUCUGAACGCAAUAUUUUUCGACUCAAAUGGCUUGGUAGUUCAAUAUGCAGUCCCACAGGGCAAAAGUGUCACUGGAAAUAUGUAUUCCUCACACCUUCAUGAAAAAGAAUUCAUUCAACGUUGGAGAGAAGAAGAUGUCGUUUACUUUGAGACUCACAACUUCCAAGAAAUGCUGGAUAAAGUCAGAGAGCAGCACUAUAUGACUUUUGUGGGUGUCCCAGGUUCGGGAAAAUCAGCUACAAUUCAUCAUAUAGCCUUUAUUCUACAAAGCAAAGGCUAUGAGAUUGUUCCAAUCAUAGACAUUAAGAAGAUUGAAGAUUAUUGUGAUCCUAGCAAUGCACAGGUGUUUGUCGUUGAUGACGUGUUUCCAGAUCUCAUUUUGCAAUAUAUCGACAGCAGUUUCGUUGCAAAAAGGGUAAAAAUUCACAAAUGUCAAAAACAGCAGUUAGAAAACGAAACACAACAAGAUAGUGUCAAAGUUGCAAACAGUGAUGGCAAUAAGCAAAAGGAAAAGACGGAAGUUUUAGGCUGUGAAAACAAAAACAAUGAGUCAUUAGAUCUUUGCAUUACACUAACAGAGGAUCAAUAUUCAAUGCUAGCAGAACGUUUUUACAGAGAUAUUAAAAAUAUGGAUCUUUAUGAUGUUUUCAUGAAUGACGUAUUAAAAGAGCCUAAGGUGUGUCAUGCUUUUCUUGAUUUGUUAAUGACCAAGCCUUACACAGAGUUGAAAGUUUUAUUUUUGUCAGAACAGAAAGAUGUGUCUAAGGUAGUGAGUACAGGAAAAAAUGCGUAUGGCAGAAAGAGUUAUAGACAACAAUUUUUGGUAAACGAAAGAACGAUAUCACUACGUAUAUCAACUUACAGUGUAAGGAUUAUCAGUUGGGUGAUUUACUGUGGACACAGUCAGAUUUUAAAGUACAUCCUUACACAACUUGAACUACAGAACGAAAUACAGUCUGAACUUUUCUGGAAUAAUUGCAAACCUGGUUUAAGCUCUGCAAAAAAGCAAAGCAAAAUGAAAAAGAUAUUGCAGCAAAUGACGGAUAAAUUAAAUCCCUUGAAUUUGAUCAUUAAAUCAAGAAAGCCCAAACAGAUCAUUGAUCCGUAUAGUUCUGAAAAAUGUCGCCUACUUCUGCUCAGUUGUUACAGUGGUGAUUUAGAGACUUUUAGUUUAUGUGUGAAAUAUUUUCAUAAAAAUGAGAUAAAUAAGGAGUUAAGAUCUUUCGGCCAAUUUCGGGUAGCGUAUGACACGCCGCUUCUUGCAGCAUGUGAGGAUGGUCAUAUGAAUAUUGUUCAGGAAUUGUUAGAAGUGGGUGCUGACGUCAAUCUACAAGGAACACGUGAAACACCAUUGGAAGCAGCAUGCAAACAUGGACACGUAAAAGUAGUAAAACAGUUGUUAGAAACAGGGGCUGAUGUCAAUAUUCAAGGCUGGAAAAAUACUCCAUUGACAGCAGCUUGUAAACAUGGACGUAUAAAUGUAGUAAAGCAUUUGAUAGAAAAAGGGGCUGAUGUUAAUCUUCAUGAUAGACAAGAUACUCCAUUGACAGCAGCUUGUGAGGAUGGACAUGACUCUGUAGUCAAAGUAUUGUUAGAGGUAGGUGCAGAUGUCAAUCUAAGAGGCAAAUUCGCAACACCACUAAUAAAAGCAUGUAGGAAUAAACAUAUGUGUAUAGUUAACGAGUUACUAAGAGUGAAGGCUGCUGUAAAUCAGCAAUGUUUAUUAGAUACACCACUCAUAGCAGCAUGUGGAACAGGGCGUGUUGAUAUAGUGAAGAAACUUGUUAAGGCGGGAGCUUAUGUCAAUCUAAAAGGUUUAUAUUCUACUCCUAUGACAGAAGCAUAUAAUCAUGGACAUAUGGAUGUAGUUAAGGAGUUAAAACUUUCUGGAGCAAACCUAAAUUUAGAGGGUAAUUAUGAGACACCACUGAUAGCAGCAUGCACUGGCGGGAAUAUAAAUGCAGUUAAACAACAGUUAGAGGAGGGAGCUGAUGCAGGAGCUGAUGUCAAUUAUGUAGGAAUAGAAACACCACUGACAGAAGCGUGUCUGCUUGGAUCUAUAGAUGUAGUAAAGAUUCUGCUUGAGGCGGGGGCUGAAAUUAAUAAAACAAAUCACUUUCUUACAUCACCAUUGACGCGUGCAUGCAUGUUUGGACAUCUAAGUUUAGUAAAGGAUUUGAUAAAGGCGGGGGCCGAUGUCAAUAUGGGGGAUUUCCUUCAUACACCAUUGGCAGCAGCAUGUAUAAAAGGAGAUAUACUUUUAGUGAAGGAGUUGCUUGAGGCAGGGGCGAAUGUCAAUCCACAUGAUGGAGGGGAAUCACCACUCUCUGUAGCUUGUGAUGGAGGGGAUAUUCGUUUAGUGAUAGAACUGCUAGAGGCGGGGGCGAAUGUCAAUCCACAGGAUGGAGAAAAAUCACCACUUGCGGCAGCAUGUAAAAAAGGAGAUAUGCGUGUAGUUUUGAAACUGCUAGAAGCGGGGGCAGAUGUCAAUCCACGUGAUGGAGGAAAGGCACCACUUACGGCGGCAUGUGAAGUUGGAGAUGUAAGUGUGGUGAAGAAACUGCUAGAGGCUGGGGCAAAUGUCAACCCUCAGGGUAGAAAUAAAUCCCCACUCACGGCAGCAUGCGAGACAGGAUUUAUAAGUGUGGUUAAGGAGCUGCUAGAGGCGGGGGCGAAUGUCAAUCCACAGGAUGGAGUAAAAUCACCACUUGCGGCAGCAUGUAAGAAAGGAGAUAUGCGUGUAAUUAUGAAACUGAUAGAAGCGGGGGCGAAUGUCAAUCCACGUGAUGGAGGAAAGACACCACUUACGGCAGCAUGCGAAGUUGGAGAUAUAAGUGUGGUGAAAGAACUGCUAAAAGCGGGGGCAAUUGUCAAUCCAGAGGGUGGAGAUAACACACCCCUCACGGCAGCAUGCGAACUUGGAGAUGUUAGGGUAGUAACGGAACUACUUAAGGCGGGGGCAAAUGUCAAUUUACAGGGUACAGAUAAACCGCCACUAACAGCAGCAUGCGAGGUUGGAAUUAUAAGUGUGGUGGAGAAACUGCUAGAGGUGGGAGCAGAUGUCAAUUUGCAAUAUGAAAAAGAAACACCACUGAUAAAAGCAUGUAAACAUGGAUAUAUCGGUGUUAUAAAAGAAUUACUUAAGGCAGGUGCUGACGUUAAUUUUCAAGGAGAAUCAGAUACACCCCUAACAGCAGCAUGCAAGUGUGGAGCUGUAAGUGUAGUAAUGAAUCUGCUACAAGCGGGUGCUGAUGCAAAUUUGCAAUGUGAAUUUUAUACACCGCUGAAAAUAGCAUGUACUUUAGGACUUUCUGUUAUUGUGAAGGAACUCAUACAUAAUGUCAAUCUAAAAGAUUCUGAAUAUACGCUACUGGGAGAAUACGUUUAUAUGGUAGAUGUAAAAAUGACGAAGGUUUUGUUAGAAGCAGGAGCUAAUAUCGAUGGACAUAGGGAGAAAGAAAAGGGGAGUCUUUAUAAAGCAGAUUUCAAAAACGCCAUGAAGGUUUUAUCUGCUCAGCUUAUGUUCAGCAAUGAUAACGCACAUUCAAAGAAGUGUGAUAAAGCUUUUUUGUCUUCAGUAUAUAUUCAGCAUGAUUGGUACAAACUUGAUGUUGUAGAACAGAUAUUUCUCAAGAUCGACAUGUGUCAUUUGUGUAGCUUAGAAUUACCUUUUUAUGACUGUUCAGUCAACUCUAUAUAUGCUUACGUGCAAACUAGCAAGGAUGAUAUGUUCAUGACACAGAGAAGAGUGUGGCAUAUGAAAAUGAAGGAUGAAUUUUAUCAGACGGUUAUAUAUGGAAACUGUAAUGUACUGAAAUAUCUUUUAAGUCUUAGUCUAGAUGUUAAUCAAUGGAUAUGUUUGCACUACAAAGGGAUGCAUUACUUGAAACCUCUGCUUUUCGCACUAAUUGAUGAAAAUAGAGUCGUCGACAGAGUAGAGAAGUGGAGUAUACUCCUGGAGGCUGGUGUGAAUAUCAAUAUCAGGGUGUUGUACAAAGAGUAUCAAUCUUUGGCGGAUGAUGAGUCUGAAUGGAUAUUUGACAGAAAAGAUAACGGAAGUAUGUCUGCUCUAGAGGACGAGAAGACACUUGUGUGA